ACCUCUUCGGUCCUCCAGAGCCCAGCCACCCCCAAUCUCACCUCAGCGCUCCCAAUCCAACUGCUGACACCCUGCUGCGACCUGCCUUGUGUUAAAUUCUCCAUCUUCUUCUCAUUAUUUCUAUUAUCAUUUUCCCUCUGCUAGGGGGUCCCGAAAGCCUUCAACAUUUCCUACCUAUCGGAUCUUGAGUUGGAGGAGGAAGCCGACGAGCUUGACAUGGGAAGCGGGGCGAGCGCCGAAGACAAGGAGCUGGCCAAGCGCUCCAAGGAUCUGGAGAAGAGGCUCAAGGAGGACGCUGACAAAGAAGCCAAGACUGUGAAGCUGCUGCUGCUGGGGGCUGGUGAGUCGGGGAAAAGCACUAUUGUCAAGCAGAUGAAAAUUAUCCAUCAAGACGGCUUCUCGAAAGAAGAGUGUCUGAUGUUCAAGACGAUCAUCUACGGAAACAUCCUGCAGUCCAUCCUGGCUAUCGUCCGGGCCAUGCAGACCCUGGGAAUCAACUACGGGGACCCCUCUAAAGCGGAUGACGGGCGCACGUUGAAUAACCUGGCAGACUCCAUUGAGGAGGGCACCAUGCCCCCAGAGCUGGUGAAAGUCAUUCUGAGUCUGUGGGGAGACAUGGGGAUCCAGGCGUGUUUCGAAAGGGCUGCAGAAUACCAGCUCAAUGACUCUGCCGCUUACUACCUCAACCAGUUAGACAGAAUCACAAAACCAGACUACCUCCCCAAUGAGCAGGACGUCCUGCGAUCAAGAGUCAAGACCACGGGUAUCAUCGAAGAGCAGUUCUCCUACAAGGAUGUGCACUUCAGAAUGUUUGACGUGGGAGGGCAGAGGUCAGAGCGCAAGAAAUGGAUCCACUGUUUCGAAGGGGUGACCUGCAUCAUCUUCUGUGGAGCUCUCAGCGCCUACGACAUGGUCUUGGUAGAGGAUGAUGAAGUGAACCGCAUGCACGAGAGUCUGCAUCUGUUCAACAGCAUCUGCAACCACAAGUUCUUCGCAGCCACCUCCAUCGUGCUCUUCCUCAACAAGAAGGAUCUGUUCGAGGACAAGAUCAAGAAAACCCAUCUCAGCAUCUGCUUCCCCGACUACGACGGUCCCAACACAUAUGACGACGCCAGUACCUACAUCAAGAACCAGUUCCUGGACCUGAACCUGCGGAAAGGCAUCAAGGAAAUCUACUCCCACCUGACCUGUGCCACGGACACGGAGAACGUCAACAUCGUGUUCAACGCCGUGACAGACAUCAUCAUCAAAGAAAACCUCAAGGAUUGUGGUCUCUUCUAGACACCACGUGUAAGAGCUGUCCUGUACCUGACUGAUUGACCUUCCUUACCAACAGCUGAACUGUCUGUCUGGGACAACAAACAUUUUGGGGCAUCCUGGUAAUGCACCAGCUACUGCAGUAACAGAUUGGACGACUGCAAACCCUCCCUUCCUCCAUUUAGGGACCACGCCCUAAGGAAACAACAAACUGUGGUCAAUGAAUAAAAUAAUUGAAAAGUGAAACUAAAAUGCAUAAACAAAAUCAUGUAGCUUUUUAACGCAACAUGCACACAGUAAGAGGACGCUAAAUUACACGUGCAGUGCUUUCCGUUAAAAGAAAGGAGAAUUUUGACAUACCGGCGGUACUACCAUGUAAAUAUCCCUGGGAUUUGAAGCAACGCUGUAAGUGCUGUGCUUUCAGUCCUAUAGACCAUCUACAAAUGCAUGUUAUGCAGGUGGAUGGUAAUUAAACGUUGCUCAUGCCUCCCAGUAGAAACCCCCCUCCCGUCCUCCCCUCGACUGCUCUGCAGCAUGUUAACGGCACUGGGCUGAGAUUCCUGAAGCGCACUGGCUACUGGUACAAGCUUCAAUUAAAAUGUUUCUUUGAUUUAAGCCAGGGUACUUCAAAGUUUAAUAUUUGAAAAGAAAUAAAGAAAAGAAAGGAUACAUUUUCCCCCUUUAAACAGACAGGAUUUUGUAAAUAAAAAUAGUGUGAAACUGUAUUUUUAAAAAAACACAAGAGUUAGAUAAAGCUUUUUUUUUUAGUCAGCUCAGUGUACGUCUGUAGCUUCUGUUUUCUGGCUUUGGCGUAAUCAAAUUACAAUGACACACAAUAAAGGAAAUGCAUGAUAUACACUAUUUGGUCUUACUUCUUUAAAAGAACAUUUGUUAUUUUGUAAGGAGUGUUUUGUAAUAAAGUUAGAUAAAACCACGUCUUCUGUGUCGAUGUCUUUCGUGUUUGAAAGACUGCUC